AUGUUCUCGAUACGCUCUUUGACCAGAUCGGUUCCUCGAACCCUCUCCAGAUCCCUCACUACUUCAGCCUUCAGACCUUUGCAGCGAUCUGCCCUCUUCCAGCCAACAUGGAAGCUCAUGCCCCGUUCCACAUACGCUCCAUUCUCGACUUCGGGCCCUAGGUUCGAGGCUGCUGGCCAAGUCGAUGUUGAGCUAGCUGCCAAAUUCCAGGAAGAACUUGCCCUGGAGACCGAGAGCGGAGAAACCGAAGAGCUCCCUGAGUCUCUAAAAUACUACCUAGAGAACGGCCCAUUCGAGAUCGUUGACAAAGCCGGAGAAGAAGAGGUCGUUUUGACCAGGAAAUUUGGUGACGAGAAAAUCCGCAUCUCAUUCACCAUCGCCGAUCUCCAGAACAUCAACCCUGAAGAGGACUUCGCCGACAACGCCCUCCAAGAUGAAAUGGACAUGGACCCUUCCCGCUCCACCAAGGGUGACCCCGCCGCCGGAAACCCCGAAGAUACUAUGGAUGACCAGCCUCUAGAGCCUGGAUACCUUGCCCGUGUCGACGUUACCAUUGAGAAACCAGGCAAGGGAGCCAUGCACGUUGAUGCCGUUGCCCGUGACGGUCUGAUCCAGAUCGAGAACGUUUCCUACUUCAAGAACCCAGAGCUUGCCAAUGCCGAGACCCCCGACAAGGAAUGGCAGAGACAGAGCCUGUAUGCUGGCCCACCAUUCGGCAACUUGGAUGAGGACCUCCAGGCUCUCAUUGAGCGCUAUCUCGAUGAGAGAGGUGUUGACACCGCCCUUGCAUCGUUCGUCCCAGACUACAUUGAUUUCAAGGAGCAGAAGGAAUAUGUCCGCUGGCUUGGAAGCCUCAAGAAUUUCGUUGGAAACAACUAA